CUCUUUAAUGUUGAAAGGUGUUGAGCCACAAAGUACCUGUGAAUUGGAGGUGGAUGCAGUAGCUGCUGACAUUUUAAAUCAACUGGAUAUUGAAGCCCAGAUUGGCAGGAACCCUGGUUUGCAAGCUAUAUGGGAAGAUGAAAAGCAGCGACGGAGAGAGAAAUGUGAAUCUUCUCAGAUUAAGCCACCUGAGUCACAAGACCGAGGAUUUGUGCCAGCAACAGAGAGUGAAAAAUUUUUUCAGAAGAGACUUAAAGAAAUCCUCAAGCAAAAUGACUUCUCUGUAACACUGUCAGGAUCAGUGGACUACAGUAACGGAUCAGAGGAGUUCUCUGCUGAGCUAACGCUACAUUCUGAGGUACUUUCUCCUGAAGCCUUUCAGUGUACGCCAGCUAAUAUGGUAGAAGUGCAUAAAGAUAAAAAGAUGAACAAAGGUGAGAUGCAUACUGAUAAAGAAGAGGAAGCACUUAUUAAUGAAGAAGCAAUUUUAAACAUUGUGGAGAAUAGUCAGAGCUUUCAGCCUUUGUCUCAAAGACUGAAUCAGACUACAGUUUUUAUGGACAGUAGUGCCGAUGAGGCCAUGAUUGAUCUGUUGGCUGGAUUGGAGAAUGAUGGAUAUCACAUGGAACAUCACAAAACACUCUCUCACCAUCGUUCUCUUGGAAGCUGUCGAAAUUCUCAGAACAGCGAUGAUGAAGAAAAUGAGCUGCAGUGCGAGAAAGAAGAAAUGGAACUUAGCUUGUUAAUGUCCCAAAGGUGGGACAGUAGCAUUGAAGAGCCUGGGCCAAAAAGAAGGUCAGCUGGCAAAAAUACGCAUCAAAGCUCAACAGAAGAGGAUUCAUCUUCAGGGGAAGAAAUGGAGUGGAGUGGUAACAAUGUGCUCCUAACUAAUCUCUCUAUACCUCAGUUAGAUGGGACUGCCGAUGAAAAUGGUGACAAUCCUUUGAAUAAUGAAAGUUCUCGAACUCACUCUUCCGUCAUUGCAACAAGCAAAAUGUCUGUAAAGACCUCAAUCUUUCACAAAGAUGCUGCUACGCUAGAACCCCCAUCUUCUGCUAAAAUUACUUUUCAGUGUAAACACACAAGUGCCCUUUCUAACCGUGUUUUGAAUAAUGAAGAUUUAGUAGAAGACCGCUCACAACCAAACACAGAAACAAGACCUGAACUUUCAGUCCAUUCUCUUACAAAAGAAAGCACUUACUCAGCAAAGUACCCAACUCCAUUCAGCAAUAGUACCCAUGCAGAAAACUCUCACAAAGAAAGUAACAAGAAAGAUACUCUCCCAGUUCCUUCAUGUGAAAACAGUAUUUUUGAGUAUGAAGACGACAUUUCAUCAGUGAGCAGACAGAUACCUAGUCGGAAGUAUACUAGCAUUAGAAAGGCUGAAAAGGAUGUUUCUUUUAUGCAUGUGGGUCGCCACAUUGGUGACAGCGUGUUGAAUAAAAACUUAUUUAACUUUUCCGAUUUGAGCCACUCCAAAGGUAAAAUGUCCUCUGAAGUAAAUGAAAAAUCCAGCAGUGCAAGUAUAAAUAGUUUUUUUCCAGCAACAGUUACAGAAAAUUGUGAAUUGGUGUCUUGUUCAGGAGGCAGUCGAACUGUGGUACAUUCACUUGAAAAUAACACUGAUGAAGGUGGCCUUAAUAAGCUUAAAAUUAGGUAUGAAGAAUUUCAGGAGCAUAAGGCAGAAAAGCCAAGCCUCAGUCAACAAGCAGCACAUUAUAUGUUCUUUCCUAGUGUUGUUCUUUCUAAUUGUCUCAGCCGACCACAGAAGUUAGCUCCGGUGACCUAUAAAUUACAGCAAGGCAACAAACAGUCCAGGUUGAAGCUGAAUAAAAAGAAACAUGGUUUUAUCCAUCAUCAGGAGCCUGCAAGCGUAAAUGAUGUUGCAUCAGAGAAGGGAAGCUGCUAUACACAAGGUAAUGCUUGUAGUAACAUUCCUGAUAAGGAUAGUGCUUUACCUAGUGACUUAGUUCAAGUUCCUCUUGAGGCUUUUGAAAACAAAAUGCCUACAAGUACUGCUAAUUAUACUGACUGCCAGUUUGCAGAUGGAUCUCUUGAAGCUGAGCAGUCAUUUGGAUUGUGUGGGAAUAAAUAUACGCUUCGAACGAAACGGAAGGUAAACUACGAGACUGAAGAUAGUGAAUCAAGCUUUGUCGCACACAACUCAAAAAUUAAUCUACCUCAACCGAUAGAAAGUGUUGAAAGUUUGGAUGGGUCUCAGAAGUCACGAAAGCGUAGAAAACUUUCUAAAAAAUUGCCACCUGUUAUUAUUAAAUAUAUUAUCAUCAAUAGAUUUAGAGGGAGAAAAAAUAUGCUUGUUAAACUAGGGAAAGUAGAUUCUAGUGAGGAAAGAGUUGUACUCACAGAGGAAAAGAUGAACUUAUAUAAAAAGCUUGCACCUUUAAAGGACUUUUGGCCAAAAGUUCCUGACUCUCCUGCAACCAAAUAUCCUAUUUAUCCACUAACACCAAAGAAAAGUCACAAAAGGAAAGCAAAACAUAAGUCAACCAAGAAAAAAGCUGGAAAACCACAAAAAACAGGUAGUAAAAAUAUUAAAAGAACUUUAUCUUUCAGAAAAAGGACUCAUACAAUUCUUUCUCCUCCUUUGCCAUCCUACAAUGCUGAAGCUGAAGACUGUGACUGUAACUAUAGUGAUGUUAUGUCUAAGUUAGGUUUUCUUUCUGAGAGAAGCACAAGCCCCGUAAACACAUCUCCACCUCGCUGCUGGUCUCCAACUGAUCCAAAAGCAGAAGAAAUUUUGACCAACCUGGACAGAGAAGCUUUAUUUAGUAGGGGGCCCAAUAUGUACAACAGCAAGACUGUUAAUUUUAGUGUAGGAAAAAAUAGUCGUGCAAAAACUCAGGUUAAGAAAUGUAAAAAGAAAUUUGCUAGCCCCACUGUAUCUACCAAGAAAAAGAAAAAGGUUAAUCAGGCUGAUGAAACAGCAGAUGAUGGCAAGAAGAAACCUAGAACAAAACAAAGACAAAAAACAGCUGAAAAAGCAUCCUCAAGAAAGCGCAUUGUAUUUAAAGAUGGAAAAGGAAAUACUCGCUCUACUGCAGAAGUGAAGUUUGUGCUGAAACAUCAAGAUCUGCCUGAGAUUUCUUACAACUCUGUCAACUCGCAGCCACUUCAUAACCGGAAAGACUGUCCUCUUCCUGGCUAUUACGAAGGAUAUUUUGCACAGCUCCCUUCAGCAGCUGAUGCACAAGGUAAUUCAUCAGGCUGUUUUCAUUCAUUGAUGGAAAUUGAUAAGCCUGUAGAUGCACAGUGUUUACCUGCUCCACGAGAAGACCCUCAUUCAUCUUUUGCAUCUACUCCUGUGGCAUCUGGAAGGGAAGUACCAAAAAUGAGCUCUCAAAGGCCCCGGACUCAAAGUGCUAUAUUUAGAAUGAAGGAUUCUACUCUCAUUCAAAACACAUCUGAUCCAUCUACUCAUUCACCUCGGGUAACACAGAAUGCACUGAUCUCUAAAGAUAAGACUUCUGCAAAAGGAGAAGAGAUAAAAAAUUUGCAAAACAGGUAUUUACCACCAGUUGGGAAGUUAAAUGAAGCUCGUGAGUCUUUGGACACAGCAAAGAUGGAUCAGUUACAUGCCACUAACUAUUUGCAUUGUAAAGACAAUAAUCAACAGCAGAUUUUUUGUUUACCAGAGGCAUCCAAGCAUUCCGAUCCUUGUUCUUCUAUUUUGAAGUCAUCUGAGGAAAGCCCUGGGACACUUCAAUUGCCUAAGAACUGUUUUGUAACAUCUUUGAAGAGUCCAGUGAAACAGUUAAAUUGGGAUCAAAACCAGAGAGGGUUUAUUUUGGAUAUGUCACAUUUUAAACCUGAAACAGUAAAACAAAGGUCUCUGUCAGAAACAACCAUGCAACCAAAACCCAUCUCCCAGUAUAAAAACAGGACUAUAGUGUCCCCAUCAGCAUUCAGUGAAGGACAGUCUGGCCUAGCUGUUUUGAAAGAGUUGCUCCAGAAGAGACAGCAGAAAGCUCAGAAUGCAAAUGUUAUACAGGAACCAUUACCAGCUAAAACACAGCUGAGCAGGAACAUAUGCCCUCUUGAACAGAAUAAAGCAAUCAAAAGGUCACGGGCAGUCACAUCACCAAGAAAAUCUCGUGCUCCCAGGAAUACAAAACCUAAAGAAAAAGCACCAAAACUCUCAAAAAUGGAGUCUUUAAGCCAGCAGAUCACUAGUCGCGUUGAUCACUCUGUGUCUGAUGACAGCCCCAUUUUUUUUUCAGACCCUGGUUUUGAAAGCUGCUACUCUCUUGAAGACAGCUUGUCUCCAGACCACAAUUACAACUUCGAUAUUAAUACUAUAGGGCAAACUGGCUUUUGCAGUUUUUAUUCCGCAAGCCAGUUUGUCCCAGCAGAUCAAAAUUUGCCCCAGAAAUUCUUGAGUGAUGCAGUUCAAGAUCUUGGUUCUGGACAAACAACAGAAAAGGACUUUCUGUGUCAUAACGACCAAAAAUCUGAGGAAGAAAAGCAACAUUCUUCAAGCACAAGUAAAUGGAUACGGUCUGGUUCCCUGAGCCCUGAGCUUUUUGAGAAAACCUCACUGGAUAAUAAUGAGAACCACUGCCAUAGCCAAUGGAGGAAAAACAUUCAUCCUUCAACUCCUAGAUCUAGUUCUGUCAGUACCUCUUGUGCACAAGAGACUGAGGCCUAUUUAAAUGAAAAAUUCAAACUGAAUAGAAAUACAGUAAAUAAAGAGAGAUUUCUUAACCUUCCACAGCCAACCAGCUCAGACUGGAUUCAAAGCCACAUUAGAAAAGAAACCACUUAUGAACCUUGUCAACCACUUGAUUCAGUUAAUACCUCUUCUACAUCCAUAUUGUCUUCUCCUGAUGGUGAACUUAUAGAUGCAGCUUCUGAGGAUUUAGAAUUGUAUGUUUCGAGAAACAAUGAGGCAUUAACUCCAACUCCAGAUAGUUCACCAAGAUCAACCAGUUCUCCCUCACAAUCAAAGAAUGGAAGUUUUACACCUCGUACUGCUCACAUUCUUAAGCCUCUCAUGUCCCCACCCAGUCGUGAAGAAAUCAUGGCAACUUUGCUGGAUCAUGAUCUCGCAGAAACAAUUUAUCAGGAACCGUUUUGCAGUAAUCCUUCAGAUGCUCCAGAAAAACCAAGGGAGAUUGGAGGACGGCUUCUCACAGUGGAAACUAGGCUUCCAAAUGAUCUGCUUGAGUUUGAGGGGGACUUCUCAUUAGAAGGUCUACGACUCUGGAAGACUGCAUUUUCAGCAAUGACAGAAAGUCCUAGACCAGGGUCUCCUCCUCGUUACGGUCACUCUACCAUUAAUAAAAGAGAAAGUAAUAGCCAUAAAACUAGUGAAGACAAAAAAAUAGUCAUAAUGCCAUGUAAAUGUGCUCCAAGCCAACAGCAAGUUCAGAUAUGGCUUCAUGCCAAAGAAGAGUAUGAACAUUUCAAGAAAUUACCUAAGAAUUGUCCUGCUGAGCUGGCAAAGGCAGCUGAGAAUUUCAGCUCUCCAGUAUUGUCUGAAGAGAAAUCUGUAGAAGUAGUAAAAGCAGCUAAAGAUUUAAAUUUAUCUAGCCUGGAAGAUGAAAGACCUAUUGUGCCUACAAAGAAUUCUCCUGCUUCAGUGGCAGAAACUACAAAAACACAAACCAAGGAAACCUGUGAUAAGUCUAUAAGCACUACAGGAACUUCUGUAAGUACUAAAAAUGACAUAGACUCUAACAAAACUCCAUCUGAAAGCAAGACACUUACUACUUCAACACUAGAACAUGAGGAGGAGGAGGAGGAGGAAGAUUAUUAUGUCAAUUACAGUUCACCAGAUUCUCCGGUACUUCCUCCUUGGCAGCAAGUAGUGUCUCCAGAUCCCAAACAGUCCAAUUUGGAAGACACAGAGUGGAAGAGUCAGGAUAUUAUUUUGUCUUCUGUGGAAAGAAAUGUUGUAUUACCUGCUGGAAGUGCACAAAACUCUCCAUCCACCCAAGAAGAGGUUAGGGCAUCGUUUGACACAUCACCAUUUCCAGUUAAUGAAGAUCCUGGAAAUCCUGCAUCCAUUUGCCUACAUAGUACACCCAUUGUGCAGAAUCAAAAUCAAGAUGGAGUACCUGAAGUUCUUGGUUUUACUCCUUUAUCCACAGAAACAAAAGCCCAGAAACUGAGCCACAAAAGGGGGAAUAAUACUGAUGGUCUCCGAAGAGUACUUCUAACGACACAAAUGAAGAAUCAAUUCACAGCCCUCGGCGCUCCAAAGAAAGAGACUUCUCAAAUUGAAGGACCAUCUUUAAAUAACACUUACGGUUUUAAAGUCAGUGUGGAAAACCUGCAGGAAGCAAAAUCUUUACAUGAGGUCCAACACCUUACUCUCAUCAGUAUGGAGUUACAUGCUCGAACCAGACGAGAUUUGGAACCAGACCCAGAGUUUGAUCCGAUCUGUGCUUUAUUCUAUUGCAUCUCAUCAGACACAGCACUACCAAAUACUGAUAAAAAAGAAAUCACUGGUGCUAUAGUGAUUGAUAGAGACAGGACACUCUCAAGCCAAGGGAGCAGAGACCAAGCCCCCUUGCUCACCAGGUCUGGAGUUACAGGACUAGAAGUCAGUUACGCUACUGAUGAAAGAACUCUUUUCCAGGAAGUAGUGAAUAUUGUAAAAAGAUAUGACCCAGACAUUUUGUUAGGCUAUGAAGUCCAGAUGCAUUCCUGGGGUUAUCUCUUACAGAGGGCAGCUGCACUAAAUGUUGAUUUAUGCCAGAUGAUUUCUCGUGUGCCAG